AUGCCAAGAAGUAUCAAGCAGAAAUUCAGAAAUCUGAAUUAUAAAAGGUCUGGUGCUGAUAAUGAUUGCCAAAUUAUUACAAAACGGUCAAGAGAAUUAAUAAUAAGCCACGAUAAUCUGGAUAUUAGUGAACGGAAUUAUGAAGAAUAUCUUAUGACUACAAAUUGCUCAAGUGCUGAGAACACGUUUGCUGAAUCCGGUACAAUUAGUGAAAGUUCUAAUUUGGUGGAAAAAAUUUCAGAUGAUACAAUAGAUGUGAAACUAAGAAAAUGUCGAGAUAGUGUGUUGUGCUUUAUUGGUGCUUCGUGCAUGUCCAGAAGCACUGAUGCAGACUUCAAACGAUACUUAUCAUCUCACAGCAAUAGGGAAUUAACUGAGAAUGCUACGGACAUUUGGAAAACACACAAAAAACCAAUGACAAUCAUCUACAUUUGCGAUUCCUGUGGAAAAACGUUUCGAAUCGCAAGAGAAUGUUGUGGACACAUUAUCAAAUACAUCAGAACUCAUGUUUUCGCGCAGAUUACAUCUUUAGUCCAACAUUAUCAAGACAAAAUCAAAGAUAUUCGAAAAAAGCUGAGAGUAGGCGAAGCCAAAUUCCAUAACUUGAGUAGCCAAAUGUUGAAACAGUUGUGGCAAAUGGAAACAAGUGAGAACGAGUUGAACUUAUCUCUGAUUUUGAGCAUUGACGGGGUUGCUUUGGAUGGUAACACUAAAUUGAAAAUUUGGCCUGUCACGUUGAUGAUGUUAGACUUGCCAACGGCUGACAUGCAGAAAAUUUCUAAUAUGGUGUUAGCUGGUGUAGCGGAGGGAAAAGUAAACCCGUCCACGUUUUUCUGGAACACGGUAGUAAAAUUACUGUUUUCGGAUGUGGAGAAUAAGACGGGUGUGACUGGAACUAUAAAAUUUAACUCCAGCAUUGUCUCAGUCUCAGCGGAUCAGCCAGUAGCAAGAUACGUUGAAAGAUUAGGAGACAAGACACUUGAAGAUUCUACAAGUAGCCGAUAUGGAUUUGGUGCUGUUGCUCCAGAAAUUGUCAAAUUUGUGUUCCCUUAUGAUUGCAUUAUUGAUCUUCUUCACAAUGGACCCGAGGGUCUUCUAGUCACAAUUCUGACAGAAGCUAUGAUUAUUUCAAAAAACCCAAAUGUGAGAUCGAAUUUGUUCGCAAAUCAGUCGAAUCUUCAAUCAAAAAAAAUCUGA